GCGGUCCUGUGCUGAGAGUGCCCUCCCAGAAAGGAGCAUGUCUAGCGUGCGGUGCCGGUCGUCACGUUGUCUCUGUCCAGGUUUGUGCUUGAUUGAUUGUUUACCCCCAUCUCACUGCACCUUUAAAUGACGCGUGAGUUUCUUUUUCUUUUCCUUUUCAUCCCAUUCACAAUACCAAUAUAUCAUAGUUCUACUCUUGGUUGCAACAUCUCCUAGUCACAAUCCUUGCACCUUCUUCCCUAUCCAGUCUGCGCCUUUCGGUCUGCCUCCGUCUCUGUGAGCACGCGGGACUGGUACCCAGCCUAUCCUGCUUGACAAACCCUGCUCAGAACGCCAACAUCACCAGCAGGAAUCUCUGUCCUGAGGCUACCAAUUCCAGUCACUUAGUGUCGCGGAUACCUUUCUGCUUCCCGUACCCCUGAAUUCCUAGCGAGACAAAAGACGGCCGCGAAGCCAGCAUAAUCACACUGUUUUCGUUUCUGCAAACAUGGCUCGCCUGACCGAUCUUCCACCAGAAAUCCUGACGUUGCUGCCUUUGAGCCGACAGAGCCUGGCGAACAUGACGGCCGUGAAUAAAGAGAUGCGAGAAGUGUUUCGUCCUCUGCUGUAUAGAACAGUCGAGAUCUAUGGCACCGUGCCAAAAAACGCGAUAGACUACCCGGCACUAGAAGCAUGGAUGGUACCACCAGACAUUAACCGCCUAUACCUUACGCUCCUACAAGAACCGGAGCUGUGGAGGCAGGUUCGACAACUGACGAUCGCCUAUUUGAAAACCUCAGUGCUGGAGCAGGACGACCGAAACUGGAUGAUCGCGGAACUGUCGACUUUGAGACACCUGUUGUCCUGCUUUAAGACCCUGCAGCAUAUCAAGUUUCUCGGCGACUCACUCCAAGUCCUGCCCGAGCAACCCUGGCCAAUUCUGCGGAGUGCGCUUGUCGCCUGUUUCGGCGAAGGGCUGACUACAUCGUCCCUCACCUGGCUGUUGCGCCUGCCAAUGAUGCGACGACUCGAACUCAAUGCCAUGUACGGUAUCAUCCCCGGGCCCAAAUUUUACCAGAGCUUCCAGAUCAACCAUGGACCUCCGCGCCAACAUGACGAUUUGAUUCCCACUGGAGCCGGCACGACAAUCAUUCUAGCAGGCGUCAAUGUGACUCCAUCGGACCUCGAGCAGAUGUUCGACGCAUGCUCUUCUCCGCUCAAGACGUUCGUCUGGUGCACUCCAGGCAGAGAGACCAUUGCGAGGGGAGUGGGACUUUGCGCUCGACAUUUCGUGGGCGGUGAGCUGCCAGCACCCAAUGCCACGUUCGACGACGCUUUCGCAAAAGUCAGUACGUCUCUGGAGAACCUGGUCCUCACCCGCGACCGUCGCGACUGCUGCUACUGGUGGAAACGACUGUUCUCGGGCUCCCUGCGCGGCUUCGAGAACUUGAAGGAGCUCCGUAUCGACGCCACCAUGCUCAUCGGCCACGCCUCGGGACCACAUCUCUUACUGUACUGGCGCACUUUCCAUUCUCACGUCUCUGACGACUACCGACAUCCCGCCGAUCUUGCGAGCCUGUUGCCGGCCAGCCUCGAGCGGCUGGGUAUAUCGCUGUGCAGCAACGAGCUGGAACUCAAUCGCCACUACUGCGGAUUCAUCUCCGACCGUCUGAUCCAGGCCAAACGCGACUCUGACCUCUCACUACCCAAUCUCAACACCGUUAUGUUCAAGGAAGCCGAGGAUGAACACGCCCACUGCUACCCACGCGACUUGCCGUGGCAGCUAGCCCGAGGCGCUGCUUCUCCCUGGAGGAUUAUGUCAGACGGCCCAAAAGCCAGAGACGUCCUCUGGUAUCAGCGUAUCUUUGCCCAUGUCGGCGUCCGAAUGAUUUACUUCAGGUCGUUUUCCAUCAUUUCCGGGGAUUUCCCUUGCAGAGAAGUGUACGAACCCGACCAGCAACGCACACAUAUCCCCAUUUGCGAACCGGCCGAGGAGACAUUGCGCGAGUGGUAUGAGUUGAGGUCGGUCUGUGACUUGUGAACUGGUUAAAAAUAAAAAUAAUGAUGAUGAUGAUGAUGAUAAUGAUUAACGUCGUCCAAACUGAGCGAGAAAGAAAAGCACUGCAAGGACAUGUCGGGUGGUCCGUUCCUGUGUACUAUGCGGAUGCAUCCAUUGACUGUAUGAAUACCCAGGCGGAAGGACAAAGCUGGGACAUUCACCAGGUGAAAAGUGAAAUGGCCUCCAGGGGUCAAGGCUGGCACAAAGUUGUAUGACGUUGAAUAUGCGCACCAUUCUCUGCUCCCAAAUCUCACGAUCAUGAGCAUUGAUUGGUGUAUUUCCUGGUCAGGAGAGCCGCCGCAAUCAAAAGGUGUGAGCUGGAGCUGGGAGAAACAGAAGAGAGAUAGCUGAGCAUUGUGGACGUUUGACCGGCAACAACGAAAGGGCUGGCGAGGGCAGGUGCUUUGUGACAAGAAAGAACGAGCAAGCUGACAUCUGAGGUCCAGGCCUUGAGCUCUCACUCACUGGUUUGUGUAUCUAGGCUCGACAGACGGCCACAAUCAUCGGCCCUUGUUUCCCCCUUUUGUCUUGACUUUCUUGAUGUCUAUCGAGUUUGAUCCCGUCCCAGGAGAAUAUCCAACUCCCGCUUCAC